AUGAUGCAGAGAUGGCACAAGAAGAGAACACAGGUCCCUCUCAUAGCACUGAUCAUCUUUAUCUUCAUACUCUCUACUAUCCUCUGCAACGAACGUAGCAUUCAGAAAAUACAUCAAGACCAAGGUCACAAUGAUGAUGGUCACCAUCAACAUAUCAUCAAGCAAAUCCCUUUGUACAAGCUUUCUCCCCCACAGAAUAACACCCUCCCAAAAAGACCUCCAGUGGUUUUGGAUAGGUUUAGUACAUGCCGGUCCACUGUAGACUACAGUGGAAGGAGAGCUGAACAGGUUGUCCAAAUGCCGGAGUCCAACUACUGGAGAUCUGCAGUUCGAGCAGAUAAGAGGUCCGUGUCUCCAAAUGCUCCUCUUACCAUCUUUAGAUCAGAGGAAUACAACGCCACGGUGGAGUUUCUAUGGGCGCCGCUUCUUGUUGAAUCUAACUCUGAUGACCCAGUCAAUCAUAGACUGGAUGAACGAAUCAUGCGUCCAGAUUCAGUUCUAAAGCAUGCAUCUCAGUGGCAGCAUGCUGAUAUACUGGUUUUCAACUCAUACUUGUGGUGGAGACAGGGCCCUGUUAAGCUGUUAUGGAGUACUGAAGAAAAUGGGGUUUGUGAAGAAAUAGAUGGGCGGGGAGGUAUGGAGUUGGCCAUGGAUGCCUGGGCAAAUUGGGUGGCUUCUGAAGUCGACCCCCUCAAGAAGCGGGUCUUUUUAGUGACCAUGUCCCCUACACAUUUCUCGAGCCAAGAGUGGAAACCGGAGAGUGAAGGGAAUUGUUACAAUGAGAAAACCCCCAUUGAUGAUGAAGGCUACUGGGGAAGUGGUUCGGACUUGCCUACGAUGCAAAUGGUGGAGAAGGUUUUGAGAAGGUUGAGUUCGAAGGUUUCUGUUCUCAAUAUAACUCAGCUCUCCGAGUAUCGAAAAGAGGGACACCCUUCCAUUUAUCGUAAGUUCUGGGAGACACUAAGCCCCCAGCAAUUGUUGAACCCAACAAGUUACUCUGAUUGUAUACAUUGGUGUUUACCUGGUGUGCCUGAUGUGUGGAAUGAGUUGUUAUUCCAAUUUUUGUAAAGGGCACAGUUUCUUUGAAGUGCAUAGUUAUUAAAAUUUUAGUUCUUGCCUUCUCGGAAACAGCUUCUCUGAUAAGGUUGCCUACAUUUAACCCUUUUCAGACUCUACAAUGGCGGAAGCUUGUACACUGGAUACAUUCUUUUAUUCUCAUCAAGCAUGUUG